CGUCGCUAACCUUAUUUUUCAUCCCUCUCCACCUCCGUCCACGCCGCCCCCGACAUCCAGAACGAUGCCUUCCCAAAAGACUUUCCGCACGAAGCGCAUCCUCGCGAAGGCUGGCCGCCAGAACCGGCCCAUUCCCCAGUGGUUCCGCCUCAAGACGGACACCAAAAUUCAGUACAACGCCAAGCGCCGUCACUGGAGGCGCACGAAGCUCAACAUCUAAGCCAGCUUCCGUCUCGUUUGCCCCAUGUUGGGCCUCGCUCGUGGGGAGGGAGAGGAGUUCUGCAAGUCGACUACAUCACCACGCAUCCGCUUUCGCACCAUGUACUCCUCCGCUAUUGGCCUAUGGCUGAAUUAUUGGCAUGCACCAUGACACUGUAUCAUCUUCAUCGUGCUGCGGGUGCCUGUGAGGUGAAAUGUGCGAGCGUAUGUCGAUUGCGCUUCAUACAAGGCCCUCGAUGAUUCCGAGCGUGACUGUCGUCCGACCCGUGGAAUUGUAUGAGGAAACCACAAGCUUCGUCAGGCAGACCAGCCUCGAUUAAUCUGCGUGCAACGGCGCUGCCUAUACGAGUAGCACUGGGGUAUAGAGCGCAGGUGAGUGACUGAAUUCAGG